AUGGCGAACCCCAGCGCUGCAGUCACUCAGAGCGCCGUCACCCCAGUAGAGAAGCUUGAGUCUCCAGCAUCGAAGUGGCUUGUUGGAUGGUCGUGUGGAAAAGAGACCCUCAAAGAUGGCCGCUAUGACACCCUCAAGGGGUCUUACUAUGUCAACUGUGCUUCUGGCUUCGACGAGCAACAGCGGGCCGUGGCCGAGAAGUACCCCGCGUUCCCGGAAUACACGGCACCUAAUGUCUGGCCCUCAGAGGAGCUACUGCCCGGCUUCGAGGAGACCUUCCGCGAGCUAUGUACCCUCAUCAUUGACAUAGCCACACUGGUCGCGCGAGCAUGUGACAAGUACGCAGAAGCCAAUAUCGAAGGCUAUCAGAAGGGAUACCUAGAGCAUGUCGUCAAGACAAGUAUCUUCACCAAAGCGAGACUGCUGCACUACUUCCCAAGCCCAGAGUCAGACAGUAAGGCGUCCAGCGAUGCAGGCAGUGGCGACGAGGACGACUGGUGUGCGACACAUCUCGAUCACGGCUGUCUUACCGGCUUGACAAGUGCCAUGUUUGUCGACGAAGCCGCCCAUCAGCCUCAGACUGGCAGCGCGUUCAAGCCGCUAAAGGAAUUGGAUCGUUCGCCCGACCCCAAGGCGGGUCUCUACAUCCACUCCCGGACGGGUGCGGUCACCAAGGUCAGCAUUCCGCGAGACUGUCUAGCUUUCCAGACAGGCGAGGCACUCGAGAUCAUCACCCAAGGCAAGUUCAAGGCGGUCCCCCACUUUGUACGGGGUUCAGGGCCGGGCAUUGGUGGCAAGGUAGCGAGAAACACAUUGGCUGUGUUCACUCAGCCUAAUCUGUGGGACAAGCUGGACGAGGGACGUGACUUUGCGGCGUUUGCCAAGCAGACUGUAGAGAAGAAUCACUGA